CUGGUCUGCCUCACCAUGGUGUUUCCUCCCCCAGCAGAGUUCUGCCGCAUCGACAAGCCACUGUGCCACGACGAGGAUGAGCAGCUCAGCUUUGAGGCCGUCCGCAACAUCCACAAGCAGAUGGACGACGAUGCCAACGGCAAUGUGGACGUGGAGGAGAGUGAUGAGUUCCUGAGAGAGGACCUGAAUUACCACGACCCCACCGUCAAGCACAGCACCUUCCAUGGUGAAGACAAACUCAUCAGCGUGGAGGAUCUUUGGAAGGCCUGGAAGACCUCUGAAGUGUACAACUGGACAGUUGACGAGGUGGUGCAGUGGCUCAUUACCUACGUGGAGCUGCCACAGUACGAGGAGACCUUCAGAAAGCUGCAGCUGAGCGGACACGCCAUGCCCAGAUUAGCAGUGAACAAUGCCACCAUGAUGGGGACUGUCCUGAAGAUGACAGACCGCAGCCAUAGGCAGAAGCUGCAGCUGAAGGCUUUGGACACUGUGCUCUUUGGUCCUCCUCUCUUGACACGACACAACCACCUGAAGGACUUCAUGCUGGUGGUGUCCAUCGUCAUCGGGGUGGGCGGCUGCUGGUUUGCCUACAUCCAGAACCGUUACUCCAAGGAGCACAUGAAGAAGAUGAUGAAGGACCUGGAGGGCCUUCACAGGGCUGAGCAGUCCCUCCACGACCUGCAGGAGAGGCUGCAGAAGGCCCAGGAGGAGCAUCGCUCCGUGGAGGUGGAAAAGGUGCACCUGGAGAAGAAGCUGCAGGAUGAGAUCAGCAUCGCCAAGCAGGAGGCGCAUCGGCUGCGAGAGCUGCGGGAGGGCACUGAGAAUGAGCUGAGCAGGCAGAAGUAUGCAGAGCAGGAGCUGGAGCAGGUCCGUAUGGCUCUGAAGAACGCCGAGAAGGAGCUGGAAUCACACUGCAGCUGGGCUGCCCCCGAGGCCCUGCAGAAGUGGCUGCAGCUGACCCACGAGGUGGAGGUGCAGUACUACAACAUCAAGAAGCAGAACGCGGAAAAGCAGCUCCUGGUGGCCAAGGAAGGGGCUGAAAAAAUUAAGAAGAAGCGCAACACUCUGUUUGGAACAUUUCAUGUUGCUCACAGCUCGUCUCUAGAUGAUGUGGAUCAUAAAAUCUUAACUGCAAACUCUGCGCAGGGACAGGGAGAGACCAAAGGUUUGGAGCAGGGCAGCAGCACAGAGCACCCAGAGUUAGGCAGCAGCAGGAAGAUGCUCAGGGCUGCUGCUCCCCACAGUCACUUCUUUCUCUCCCCCCACCCCCCAGACGCAGCCUGGCUCUUUGGGCGCAGGUUCAGCGAUCGCUCGUCUCUGUCCUCGGAGGAUCAGUCCCUGUGGAAAUACCCUGCUCCUGCUUUGCCCAGCACCGUUCGCCAGCGCCUGGUGGACCCCCAGCACGGCCACGGAUCUCAGAGGUUGGUAGAGAGUUACGUGCACAGCCAGCAUGAGCCGGGCCAGCCUGCCCAGCACCCGGCGGGCCGAAUGUCCCUCCGUCGAAUGCACAGCCUCUCCUCCGGACAGUCUUUCAGUUCUGACCUUCCUGGCACCGCUCCGUCAUCCACCACAGCCACCUCUUGCUCCUCAUCCGCCACUCCUGCACCUGCUUCCCAUGUCCACCCUCUCUAUCACCAUCACACCACCUCUUAUUUCCUUCAGAUGGACUCCAACCCCGAUCUGCCCCCUCCUGAUGUCACCUCUGGAGCUCGCUGUGGCACUGAGAGCUUUGGAGACCUGACGCGCUGCGACUCCGAGUCGUCCAUCCCGCACCUGAGCGAAGCGCAGCGCCUGCCCAGCGCCGCCCCCAAGCUGCUGGCCGCCCGGCCCGCUCUGCUCACCCGAUCCAUCGAGGAUGCCGGACCCGGGCACACCCCAAACGGAGGCAGCCGACACGCGGAGCCCCCCGGCCCGGAGCGACCGUCCGAGAGCCCCUCGGUGAUGAAGAAGAUGAUGAUGGUGAACCACGGCAUGGAGAAAUCCUCCAGCCUGGGGGAGAUCGGCCACCCGGCGGCCUCCAAGCACAGCCACUCGGAUUCCUCGCGGUCGCACAGCCCCAGCUCCACCGACCCCGACACCCCAUCCCCCAUCUCUGACUGCCGGCCCAACAGCUCCAAGAGCACCCGCAUCCCGCAGCUGGCUGCCAAGAAGGGCGCAGGGGAUGAGGACGGCAGCCUGACGGGCGACGAGAUCGACCCGGGCCAGAGCAAGAAAAAGUUCCCCCUAAAGAUCUUCAAGAAGCCCAGGAAAUAGAGGGGGAGGGCGGAGGAACCCCACGGAGCGACCCGCUGGCACCGGGGGAGCGCGCCCGGCCCCGGGCGUUGGGAACCGCGUCCCCGCGGCGAGAGGAGCUAUUUAAACUUAUUUAUUGGCCGGGCUGAGAAGCCAGAAGGCAUCUGCUCCCCCCCCCGAAGGCGACAGCCGCCCUGUCUCACCCCCCCUCCCCGUCGCUGUAGUCCCUGGCUUUGCUGUGCAUGGCUUCCAGUUAUCCGCCUCCGCUCGGCCACACGGCGUAUUUGGGUUUGGUUUCAAUGCGGUUUUAUUUGUAUUUUUCUAUUUUUUACCUUUUCUUUUUCGGUUCUUCUGCCUCCGCCCGCCCUGCGCACAGGUCGGGGCGGCCGGGGGUCGGGGGGGCCGGGGGGAUGGAUGCCCUCCUGGCUCCCGAUGGGCUCUGAGCCCCCUCCCCGUGGUGCUGCGUUCUCCUGCUCGCACCCCAGCAGCGCUGCCCGCUGGGGUCACCGGGGAUGGAGCUGGGGCACAGCAGCCGCCUGUAGCUCCGUGUGUCUGCCUGGAGAGGGCCGGGUUGGGCUCGGCUUCGGGGCUGGGGGCGGCGCAGACGGAUGGCCGCACUGUGGGGUGGGCUGUGUGCCCCACAGGCGUGGGCGUAUGGGGCGAGCGGAGGCCCAGCGGGUGCCUGAGGCCGCCGGAGCUGCUUUGCUCAGGGCUGAUCUUUGCCCUGGCGCUCGCUGCCCUGCCCGGCCCCCCGCACAGCACCGCUAUGGGGGGCCGCUGCCCCGAGGCCGACCCAGACCCACUGAGUGCAGAGGUGAGGGGAUGCCGGCAGCCUCUGGGGCCGUGCUUUGUGCCGGAGGAACGUAUCCACAUACAUUACCAAUACGGGAAGGGCUGGAAAGGUGUUUUUCGUUUCGUAGGUGGUAGUUAGACAAUGACACUGUUGCUUUGAGAUAAGUGAAAAUUUCCUCUCAGUGACUUUAAGUGCCUGCAGUGCCCAAUGCUGCGCUCCGGGCGCUGCUCCCGGAGGGGGGGUCGGAGAUCCACGGAGCGGAACUGGUGGUGACGCCUCUGCCAACUCGAUUUAUUUUAUUUUAUUUUUGGGUCAUUUCAUAAAACUUUUAAAUCCAAUAAAGCAUGUAGUCUAUUUUA